AUGCUUGACGUUCUAUAUGAUCCAGCAUGGACAUCCGACUUCUACUGGUUACUCAUUGUGGCCUUUGUUUUUGCCUUUUCCGUCUCUUUUGGAAUGGGCGCAAAUGACUCCUGCAACGAUUGGGGCCCUGCGGUAGGAGCAGGAACAGUGAAACUAUGGCAAGCAUACAUUCUCUGCGGCAUUUUCAACACAAUAGGAGCUAUUCUGCUUGAAAUCAAUCCAAAUGAAAUUCCAGGUUAUAAAGUGACGGAGACUUUACGGUCGGGUAUCGUUGAAGUUGAAGUGUUCGACGUCUAUUCGAUGUACAAUCAUACUACCGGCACAUACGAAGUAGUUCCGCAUUGUGAUGGAGCUGUUGCAACAGGAGGAUUUGCUCCUCCUUCCUUAUUGAAUGGCACGGUGGAAGUUGAAUGUGCCAAAUAUACAGCAGCCGAAUACAUGCUUGGUCAGCUUUUUUUCCAGACUGGUGCGAUGGCUGGUGUCGCUGCCUUUAUGAUCGUUUCGUCAAUCUACAAAAUUCCUGUCUCAGCCACUCACGCCAUCGUCGGUGCUNAAAUGAGUAAUCAAAUAAGCUGCCUAGGAGUCAAGUUCACAGUAAUGAAACCCAUGAUUUCAGGAGGAUUUGCUCCUCCUUCCUUAUUGAAUGGCACGGUAGAAGUCGAAUGUGCCAAAUAUACAGCAGCCGAAUACAUGCUUGGUCAGACUGGAGCGAUGGCUGGUGUCGCUGCCUUUAUGAUCGUUUCGUCAGUCUACAAAAUUCCUGUCUCAGCCACUCACGCCAUCGUCGGUGCUUCACUGGCAUCAUCACUAUAUCUGAGAGGAAAUGUUGGAAUCAAAUGGAGUGAAAUUGUAGGAAUAGUGCUGUCAUGGUUCAUCUCGCCGUUGAUCGCCGGUUUCUUCGCCUCGGCCUUCUACUUGAUCAUCAAGUAUUCGGUACUACUGCGAAAAGACACAUUCAAAUGGGGACUAAUCAUGUGUCCGAUAUUCAUGUGUUUCACAGUCACCGUGAAUCUCUUCGCAUGCAUUUAUGACGGUUCAAAAUACCUUGGAUUCGAUCGCCUCUCGUGGUGGCAGGCUGGUCUAAUUUCAUUUGGUACUGGGCUUGUUGCGAUGUUACUGCUUUCAUAUCCUUUGAGGCCAUGGCUGAGCAAACGUGCUCAUCGACUUUACGACGAGGAAAUUGCCAAGCAUCAAAGAAAGUUGGAGCAAGGCAAAAUCAGUGAGUCAUUCAUUAUUUACCUUUCAGAGCAGUCCAAGAUAAAGGAUAUGCAUACACCGAUCGUGGAUAUGGAGAAGAUAAAGAAUCUCCCAUGGUACAAGUACCUUUAUACUGCAGUUCCUGAAGAACGACUUACUACCAAGGUGUUCAAUGCUCUCCAAAUCGUCUCCUCUUCUCUUUUAUCGUUUUCUCACGGUGCUAAUGACACUGCUAACACAGUCGGUCCACUACUUGCUGUCUGGAUGACGUACCAAACUGGGUACGCUUUCGGUGCUGCCGAAACCAGGGACGACUCUCAGGUACUGUUGGCUUUCGGAGCCGUGGCGAUGAUCGUCGGUUUCGUAACCCUCGGACAUCGAACGAUCAAGCUGAUCGCUAAAGAAAUCACUGUCGAUAUGAGUCCAGUUUCCGGCUUUGCCAUCGAACUUGGCACCGCAUUUACGGUCUUGGUUUGCGUGAAAAUUGGAAUCCCCAUCUCUUCCACUCAUUGUGCUGUCGGUGCAGUUCUGUUUGUGGGUUUGACGAAAUCCACAACCGAAGGGGUCUCCUUCAAGACAUUCCGGAAGAUCGUAAUCGUAUGGCUCCUCUGCUUCCCUGUAGCAGCAGCCAUAUCUCUGAUAGUUACUAUGAUACUGGUAAAGUUUGUCUAG